UCUGCACAUCCAUUCGAGCAAGAGCCAGCUAGACAUCCCUUCUUUGGGUUGGUGCGUUAGUGCUGCGUGCUGCGUGCUGCCUCCUGCUUUUGGUUUAGAGUAUACAACACACAGGUCAACAAUCAACAAUCAACAAUCAACAAUCAACAACAGACAACAGAUCGAUCUUGUCGGCUCAGCCAGCAAGUCAACCAGUCAACACCUGAAUAGCAGAGAGCAGAAAAGAGUGUCUACCCUCCGCUUUUUCCUGUCGCCUUUCUUAGCCACCAGAGGUCAACAUUCCCAUUAAAACGUUGAGCGGAUCCCAAGUCCUAAGGGCAUCAUUUGGGUUCUUUUUUCCCUAUCAUAAUAAGAAAAAGGCCACCCCGUGUCAAAUCGCGUUUUUUAUCGAUAAUCUGGCGAUCCGGGAGUGAAUAACCUGCAACCCGCUCCAUCCUCCCCAUUCAGCUACCGUUUACACACUCCCACUCAAGUCACAGCAUCUCCCAUCGCCACACAACCAAUCCGUGUUCGCUUUUUUGCUUGAUAUCUUUUUUUCCUUAACGCCGGGAAAAGAUAUAUAGUGUGAUUAAGAGGAUUGCCGACUUGCCCCGAUUAUACCAUAAUCGCAUAGCAUUUCGACGUCUUAGCCCUCUUCCAAGACACAGGGCAGCCAACAAGGACGCACAGCUGUGUUUCAUCACUUGGCGCUUUCUCCGCUUUCAUUUCGGAAAUUUCGCCUCCGCACAUCUCUCCGCGUGCGCGCGUAUAGUUUGGACAAAGUGUCCAAAUAGAGCGCAGACAGUAGCAGCUGUUCAAGUUGCCUCUCUUUCUUCCAGCGAAUCAUCAAAUCAGUCCUUAAGGGCAAAGCUGUCAGAGCAAAAGACUGAAAUAGUCCUUUAGAAGUUGAUUUCGGUUCGACUUCUAAUUUUUUUCAUUGAAUCAUACAUCUCUUCGACACCCUUCGCUCCACGUCCGUCAUGAACAUUGAUCACUAGUGCGAUUGUCGAGGACUCGACAUUAAUACUCUUCGCUCUGGUGUUCUGAACAAAUCGCAUAUAUUACAUCGCAUCAUCUGCCUUUUUUGUCAGCAACUCUGUCCGCAUCGCCACUUCUCCCAUUACCUGUUUAUUAACCCAUCACUCAUCGCAUACACAUUCGCAUCCAUUCUUAACAAAUCAUUUUCGUGACUUUAAUAAGCAAUCAUGUUACAUCCUGCGAAGAUACACAAUACGGAUUUCCCGACCAAGCGUCUUCGCUCUUGUCUCUCUCCUACGCGUACGCGACAUCAUUCGCCAUCUUUCCUUCCUAGUGGCGAGGCGGCAGUGGCGGUUACGUCGUGGAAGCGGGUGAAGACUGUGAGAUGGCAAGAGGAGAAUGGGUGUGCUGUCGCUUCUUUCCACGAUACAUAUUCGCACGAAGAGUACGACCGUACCCCACUGGAACCGCCUACCUCCGCCGAGAGGGACUGUGUCUUUCCCGAACGAGGCUCCAGAUGUCUUUCUGGCCCACGAGAAUGCUUUUUUGGAGAUUUCUCUGAUGAAGAAGAGGAUCUUCCCCCAUCCGCUUCUGAUUUUUCUGAUUCCUUUAUUAUCCACACUCCGCCACCUACCGAGACCAAUUCUGACGAUGGGGAACACUCUGUCCGACAGGGAUGUGAUGUCGAUGGUGAGGGAGAGAUGCAAGACGGGGAAGAUGGGUGGGAUGAGUGUAUGCAGAGGAGAAGAAUGAUGUUUGCGAGGUUGUGUACCAGAGAGAAUGGGGAUAGGCAUCCCGAGUUUGAGGGGUAUAGGUCGUUGUCUGCGACGUUGGCGGAAUUGUUGAAGAGUGUGGGGUGCGAUGAUGAAGAUGGCUCGAUCCAAGAGCAUGGGGAUGAGCAAGCCCUCGAGGAAGAUGGCGAUGGCGAAGAAGUGAGACAAAGUAGAAGUCGAAGUCUCAACAUUUUUGGUCUUCCCACUCUCGCUCAAAGAUCAGUGACACCGACACCAACAGGCACACCAUCCCUCGUGUCGACCGAAGAGAGCGAUACAGAGUAUACCAUCGCGAGCCCCAGUAUGGGUACACCGGCGGAUGCGUUAAGCUUGAACGGCUUUGGGUUUGGGAAUGAGAGUAUGUCGUUGGGGCAAAAGGCGUUGCCGAUAGUGAUGGUUGAGAGGGCGCAAGAGGUCGGGAUGCGAUAGGAGAGGAAUGGAGCGAGAGUCAGUGAGGAGUUGGGAGGAAGGAGGGGGAAGGGGAGAGGGAAGGAUACAUUUGUUUUAGAAGGUUUGCAUUAGAGCAUUAGGCGCCCGUUUUUGGGACGAUUUUUUGGCGUAUAUUUGAGUACAAAUAGUUACACAGCAUAGACACGACUUGUUAUGACAUGACAUGAUUACUA